UCGGGCAUCGCGAGGGGUACGUUAUCAUCUCGUCUGCACUCCGGCUCAGAGCCUCUGACAAAUUACACGCCCCGGUCCGCAGAUAUUGCUAUCAUGGAGGCAGUGAUAUUCGACGGCAAGUCCCUCACCCUUAAGUAUGACCCCGACUACCCGAUGCCGCAGCUCGUCAACGACGAUGACGUCAUCGUGAAGGUGGAGUACUCUGGAGUAUGCGGCACAGACCUUCAUAUCAUACAGGGAGAGUUCCCCGCCUCCAAGGAGCGGCCCUUGCCGCUGGGGCAUGAGUUCAGCGGGACAGUGCACGAAGCGGGGAAGGGCGCUAUUUUCAAAAAAGGACAGAAAGUCGUCGUCGAUCCUAACAGGGCGUGCGCGCUGUGCAGCUUCUGCCGCGCGGGCAGCUACCAGUACUGCCUGACGGCCGGCAUCAACAGCACCGUCGGCAUCUGGCGCGACGGCGGCUGGGCGCAAUUCGUGCGCGUGCCGCAGGACCAGGUGUACGCCCUGCCCCCGCAGAUCACAACAGAACAGGCUGGUCUGUGUGAGCCCUACUCGUGUGUGUCGCACGGCUUCGACCGCGCUUCGCCGCUGCCCGUCGGCAGCAAGAUCCUCAUCGUGGGCGCCGGCAUUAUAGGCAACUUGUGGGUGACGACGCUGCACCACCACGGCCACCGUGACGUCACCGUCUCAGAGAUGAACGCUGCGAGACUCGACAUCGUCAAAAAACUCGACACGGGUUUCAGACUGAUCACCCCCGACGUGUUGGCCGCUGAAAAGGAGUUGUAUGACGUCAUCAUUGACUGCACAGGCGUAGGCAAAGUGAUGGAGAUAAGUUUCAACUACUUGAGACACGGCGGCAAGUACGUGCUGUUCGGCUGUUGCCCCCCCGCGCACCAAGCCUCAGUGAACCCUUUCCAAAUCUACGACAAGGAGCUGACAAUAAUCGGUGUGAAGAUCAACCCCUUCAGCUUCCCCAAGGCCAUCGGCUGGCUGCAGGCCAUGGGCAGCAGGUACCUGGACUACAAGAAGCUCGGUGUUAAGACCUUCAAGCUGUCGGAGUACGAGGAGGCUCUGAAAGACCUCAAGGCCGGCACCAUCUCCAAAGCGAUCUUUAAGAUUGACUAAAUAUUAAAUUAUACAUUUUUGCGUA